AUGAGUCGCAACCUCCUCGUUGGUGCUGGCCUACUGGCCCUGGCCCAAUUGAAUCCAGUUCUCGCUGCUUCUGCCCUUGUCUCCCAUGAAGCUCUAGCCACGCUUCCACCUGGCUGGGACAAGGUCAACACCCCAGCUGGUCACACGAACAUUCAAUUGUCUGUCGCCCUCACUCUGCAAAACAUCGAGCAACUCCAGAGUCACUUGCAGUCCGUGUCCACCCCCGGUUCUUCCGGUUACGGUCAAUACCUCGACUCCGACGACAUUGCCGCUCAGUAUGGCCCCAGCGAUGCGUCUGUUGAUGCAGUCACCAAGUGGUUGAAGGAGGCCGGUAUCACUGAGAUCCACAACAACGGCCAGUCGAUCAACUUUGCAACAACUGUCAGCAAGGCUAACAAGUUGCUCGGAGCCGACUUCCACUACUAUUCCGAUGGUGGUGCCACUAAGCUGCGUACCUUGGCUUAUUCCGUCCCCAGUGACCUGCAGGCCGCCAUUGACCUCGUCUCUCCAACUACUUAUUUUGGAAAGACCACUGCUUCUCGCAGCAUUCAGACCUACAGUAACAAGCGCGCCUCAACUACUACGAAAUCUGGAUCGAGCUCCGUGGCUGUCGCCGCUUCCUGCCAAACCAGCAUCACUCCUGCCUGCUUGAAACAGAUGUAUAAUGUCGGAAACUAUACCCCGAGCGUUGCUUCCGGCAGUCGUGUGGGUUUCGGUAGCUUCUUGAACCAAUCUGCUAUCUAUGAUGACUUGUUCACAUACGAAAAGGUCAACGGUAUUCCAAACCAGAACUGGACUAAGGUGAUCAUUGCAAAUGCCCCCAACGAUCAAGACCCCAAUGAUGGCAAUUAUGGCGAAGCCAAUCUCGAUGUUCAGAACAUCGUCGGUAUUUCCCACCCUCUCCCCGUCACCGAGUUCUUAACCGGUGGUUCGCCUCCUUUCGUUCCCAGCCUCGAUACCCCAACCAACGAGAACGAGCCAUACAUUCCAUACUACGAAUACCUCUUGUCUCAGAAGAACGCCGAUUUGCCUCAGGUGAUUUCCAACUCCUACGGUGAUGACGAGCAGUCCGUUCCCUACAAGUAUGCCGUUCGUGCCUGCAACCUCAUCGGUUUGACUGGCUUGCGAGGUAUCACGGUUUUGGAAUCUAGCGGUGAUCUUGGUGUUGGUGCCGGAUGCCUCAGCAAUGACGGCAAGAACAAGACUCAAUUUGAUGCUAUCUUCCCAGCCACUUGCCCAUACAUUACCGCCGUUGGAGGUACCCAGGCUGUGACUCCUGAAAUUGCCUGGACGGCCAGUUCCGGUGGUUUCAGCUACUACUUCCCUCGUCCGUGGUACCAGAGAAAAGCAAUCGAGACUUAUCUCGGUCUCCUCGACGACUCCACGAAGCAAUACUACUCCCAAUACACCAACUUCGAAGGACGUGGGUUCCCUGACGUUGCAGCCCACAGUUUGCUCCCAGACUACCAGGUUGUUGGAGGUGGUGAGCUUCAGCGUAGUGGAGGUACCUCCGCUGCCUCGCCUGUCUUUGCUGGUAUUAUUGCACUCUUGAAUGAUGCUCGUCUUUCUGCCGGCAAGCCCACUCUAGGAUUCUUGAACCCCUUCAUCUACUAUGCAGGAUACAAGGGCUUGAACGACAUCACCGGUGGAAAGUCCAUUGGCUGCAACGGUGUCAAUGGCCAGACCGGCGGCACUGUCCCCGGUGGUGGCGUUGUUCCCGGUGCUGCAUGGAACUGCACCACAGGCUGGGACCCGGCCACUGGUCUUGGUACCCCUGACUUUCAAAAGCUGAAAGAACUCGUGCUUAGCUUUUAA